CAUCCGCGCCUGCGCGGGCCCGACCGCACCGGGAGCGAGCGGCCGCCGCCGCGGGAGCGCGCCCGGCCCGGAGAUGCGCGGGGCGGAGGCGGAGCGGGCGGGGUCCUCCGCGCCCCCGCGGCGGGGGCCGAGGAUGAAGCGGAACGCGGAGCAGCGCGGCGUUCCCUCGCAGGCCCGCGCGGAGCCCCGUCCCUGAGCCCCGCAGGAUGAAGCUGCCCGGCGUGGGUGUGUUCGGGGCCGGCAGCACCGCCCGCCUCCUCGUCCCCCUGCUGCGAGCCGAAGGCUUCUCCGUCGAGGCUGUGUGGGGAACGACGGAAGAAGAAGCCAGGCAGCUGGCGCAGGAAAUGAGCGUCUCCUUCUACACCAGCCGCACCGACGACGUCCUGCUGCACCAGGACGUGGACCUGGUUUGCAUCAGCAUCCCCCCGCCGCUCACCCGGCAGAUUGCUGUCAAGGCUUUAGGAAUAGGGAAGAACGUGAUCUGUGAGAAAGCUGCUACCUCUGUGGACGCCUUCAGGAUGGUCACAGCCGCCAGGUAUUACCCCAAGCUGAUGAGCAUCGUCGGCAACGUCCUCCGUUUCUUGCCUGCCUUUGUGAAGAUGAAGCAGCUGAUAGAAGAGCGCUACGUGGGCAACGUGCUGAUCUGCGACGUGCGGGUUUACGGGGGCAGCCUGCUCAGCCACAAGUACAGCUGGAUCUGCGACGAGCUGAUGGGGGGGGGCGGCCUGCACACCAUGGGCACGUACAUCAUCGACCUGCUGAGCCACCUCGUCGGCAGGAGGGCGCAGAAGGUCCACGGCCUGCUCAAGACUUUUGUGAAGCAGAACACGGCCAUCAGCGGGAUCCGCCACGUCACCGGCGAUGACUUCUGCUUCUUCCAGAUGCUGAUGAGCGAGGGCGUCUGUUGCACUGUGACUCUCAACUUCAACAUGCCCGGAUCGUUCGUUCACGAGGUGAUGGUGGUGGGGUCCAGCGGGCGCCUCGUAGCGCGCGGCACGGACUUGUAUGGGCAGAAGAACACAGCGCUGCAAGAAGAACUGCUGUUCACUGACUCUCUGACUGUCAACAAAGGCCUUUUGGACAAGGGCUUGAAAGACAUCCCGCUGCUCUACCUGAAGGGAACGGUGUACAUGGUGCAAGCGCUGCGGCAGUCUUUCCAAGAGCAGGAAGAUCGCCGGACGUGGGAUCACCAGCCCGUCUCUAUGGCAGCAUCUUUUGAAGAUGGCUUGUACAUGCAGAGCGUGGUGGAGGCCAUUAAGAAAUCCAGCAGGUCGGGGGAGUGGGAGGCUGUGGAGGUCAUGACGGAGGAACCAGACGCCAACCAGAACCUGUGUGAGGCGCUGCAAAGGAACAACGUGUGAGCGUUGCUGCUUUGGGAAGAUAGGACGGUGAAUGCUUCCAGCUGCAGCUGUACAAAUCCUCUCUGGUUUUUAAGAUUUCUAUUUAAUAAUUUGAGUUUCUUGUUGUUUUUUUAAGCGUGUAAAAUAACGUCCUGUUCUGAUGGAAACAGUUCUGGUUUAAGACGUUCCGUUAUCGCAAGUGUUUAAUUCUUGUCUUGGAGACUUGGGAAAACUUGAAUUGCCCUUUGCACUCGCAGCAGUGAAGUGAAGCGUGGGAUCUGUGCCACUGCAUGGCUGGAGAGGGGACACGGCCCCUCUUGUUUUGUCAGUCCUAAAGUGAGGGUGAGAAGAGCAGGGUCUGGGAGCAUCUGUUGCUCAGACGCCUUCGCUUUCUCUCCUGCAAUCAGAUUUAGUUUUACUCCUCAGUAACACUUUAUUAAAGAGUUUAGGGAUGUAACACAUCUCUGAACUGCCAUAGGACAAAGACCAGAAGGAACACAGUAAAGUUUGUAGAUUAAGAAUUGGCCGUUGGCUUUCUGCAGACCGCAAAUGUCUUUCAAAUUAAUUGAAACCAGAGUGUUGUUUAAAGGAUGCUGUGAGAUCCCAGCCGAUGGUGCUGGGGAAGGCAGUGAUGCUUUGUGCUUUCCUCCCAUAUCUGCAGACAUUAUUCCUUCGACUCGUGACACCGACUGCAUCCAGCAGCCUUUCUGCAUGAGCUCCACGUCCACCGGUUGUGUUUACAGCCUGGCAGCAGCAGAGCUGUGACUGCAGGGCCACCUCCUCACUUCUGUGGCUUCCUGAACUCCUCCCAGGCUCGCAGAUGAGGCUCAGGAUGUCGUUGCCAAUGAAGCUGUAAAACCUUAACCUUCCACGUAUCUGAUGGUGGAGGUCAGGAGGUCUUGCCUACCUCUUGCAGCUCUCCUAUGUGCUGGCUGGGAAGCUGUCACACUACACAUGCUGAUAGCUGAGGAGUCUGCCCUGAACCUCAGACGCUGGAUAUCAGCCCUCUGGUGCUGCCUGCCCUCCUGCAGCUCGUGGCUGUUGGCAGCUGGUGGGUGGCAGUGUGUUCAUUUGGAGAAGAGCUUCUCUCUGAGGCAGGUAUGUGAUAGGGACAGUACAAUUGUACGACAUGUACUUUGUGUACUUGAAAGCUUUUUUUAAUGUAUUUCCCACUCAGAUGGUAACCCUGUGUAUUUAUGUAUGUUAACACGCAAACCACUGUUUCAUAAGCUGGUCCUUCCUGACAAGUGUCUGACUUGUUUUCUACA